ACUAUACCCGGCAAAGGGAAACAACUUCAUUGAUUAAAGUAGGAACAACAACGAGAAAUACUAAAUUUGUAGAAGAUGGGCAUUCUUUCAAAUCCAAAAUCAAGACAGUUGAUAGUUGAGAAAGUAUCUCGUUACAACAACAUUCUGUGUGGAGCUUGCUAUGUUGUUGGGGUCAUUUGGUUUAUGGCUUUGGCAUACAAACCUUUCAAUGCUAAAACAUAUUUCUCAGAAAAUGCUCUUCUGCCAGGUGUGGUUGAGAGUGGAUUCUUCUUUGAUUUUGAUGUUAGUUCAUAUAUCACAGAAGUUAAAGAGGAAUUGAAAAGGGAUAAAAGGAAUGUCCCAAGAGACUGGCUUUACCAGAAGAUGAGAGAGGCAGGUCUGGAGACAUACAAACAGAACUAUACUAUCCAUUACCCCUUGCACAUUCUCCAAGGACAGUUAGUCCCAGGACAGAACGUGUAUGGAAUAUUACGUGCCCGGAGAGCGUCGAGGGUUGAGGCGGUGGUGUUGUCAGUGCCGCUGCGCUCCAAGUCUUCAGAACUGCCACAGACAUAUGGAGGACUCAUUGUCAUGUUGGGCUUGGUGCGAUAUUUUAUCCGUCAGCCAUAUUGGAGCAAGGACAUCAUAUUCCUGGCCACUGACAGAGAAGAGUUAGGCAUGCAAGCUUGGCUGGAUGGCUACCACCAUGUGCAUUCACAGUACAUCAGGCCAGAUGAGUUGCCAGCGCGGAGUGGUCAGAUACAGGCGGCCCUGAAUCUGGAGAUACCCGACAGUAAUAUCCAAUUCAUGAACAUCAAGAUGGAGGGCCUGAACGGCCAGCUGCCCAACCUUGACCUUGUCAACCUUGUGGUUAGGCUGUGUAACCGGCAUGGGCUGCAAGUCAAACUACACAACAAGGCGGAUGUCUCAGACAUGGAGGCAGAGACCCCUCAAGGCUACCUGCAGUCAGCCGGCACCAUGGUGAGGAUGAUGUGGGCCCAGGCAUCCGGUUCCCCCUCUGGCAACCACGGCCUCUUCCAUCGCUACCACAUCGAGGCUGUUACACUGGAAGCUGUGUGCAAGAAGAAGACCGGACGGUUCUCCUUGGACACUGUCGGCAGAGUUGUUGAAGGGAUAUUCCGCAGCCUGAACAACCUCCUGGAGCGGUUCCACCAGUCGUUCUUCUUCUACCUGCUACCAGGAACAGAGCGCUAUGUGUCCAUUGGGCUCUACAUGAUCCCAUUUGCCAUUAUAUGCUGCUCAUGUCUAAUAAAAGCUAUUGCAUUGUGGGUGAAGCUAAGUGCUGAUGCAAGCAAGCCAGACACCGAUACGGACAUUGCUGUGGGGGAGGGGAAGGCGGGCAGUGAUAAGAACGUCACUGAGACCACGGCUGCAACACAGGAAAAAACUGGGAAAAAACUGGAUACAAAGUCCCUCCAUGACAUUGUUGAAGAGGAUACUGAUAUUGAUGAUCAUGAUGACCGACCAUCGGGUGUGUUAUCCAUUCUGCCAUUGGUGCUGAGCAGUGUGAUCAUGUCAGUGCUGUGCUAUACAGGCCCAGAGUUGCUGUCCAGUGUGGCAGUGCCAUUCAAAAUGAACGUAGAGGACGGAAUCUUUUAUGGCUUUAUUGCCCUCUUUACUGCGUCAUUAAUGUUUCCUAAAAUGAUUGCAAGGCGAACCUCUGAAGAAAAGCGGCUGAAUUUUGACUGGAGGCUGUUAAAGGCGUUGACUCUGAUAUUCCAGUCCCUCAUGUUAUUUGGUCUUGCCCUUAUGAACAUCUCCCUGGCAUACUUCCUCGCUGUCUUAUUCGUACCAGUCUCAGUCCUUGUGCAUCCAUCCAAGUCCAGAGUAUCCCAGUGGGGCCAGAAGCUCCUUCUUCUGCUAAUCUCUCCCUUCAGCAUCCUCUACGUUGCCACAGUGAUUCGUUCCCUUGGUGACAAGAAUGAGGGCGGUUCACUGGGUCUCCUUGGUGACGCGUGGAGCAACCUCAGUCACGGUGUCCUGCUUACUCUUGUGGACAGAUACUUUUUCGGCAACUGGUUGUUUGCCUUGUUUAGCUUUGCAGUGUUUCCCAAUUGGUUGAGUCUGUGGUCUAUUUCUUUUUGUGAGUCUGAAUAAUGGUCAAGUCAUUAGGGAUGCAGUUCAGCACUGUGAUUUUUCCACUGGUUAACUCUAAUGUCCAUUCCACUCUAUAAGUCACGGUAAGCAAACAUUGUUAUGUGCUUCAUGGUAUUUCCAAACUGGAUCCAAAUUAACCAAAUUUCUUUUUCACUUAAGACUAAGAGUGAAAAAUUCUUAUAAGGAUUAAAUGUUGAAUCAAUAUGCUUUCUGUUUCAACUGACAUUUCUUAACUGUGAGCUGUUACACAUGUUUAUGUCCCAUGUUUUUAUAAAAUGCUUGUUUACUGGAUCCAUUCUGUUUUCCUAAGACUAUGAAUGGGUAAGUGAAUAGCACUGAAUACAGUCCUAGGUCAACCAAAUAGUACUGAAUACAGUCCUAGGUCAGCAAAAUAGUUCUGAAUACAGUCAUAGGUCAACCAAAUAGUACUGAAUACAGUCCUAGGUCAACCAAAUAGUACUGAAUACAGUCCUAGGUCAGCAAAAUAGUUCUGAAUACAGUCAUAGGUCAACCAAAUAGUACUGAAUACAGUCCUAGGUCAACCAAAUAGAACUGAAUACAGUCUUAUGUCAACCAAAUAGAACUGAAUACAGUCCUAGGUCAACCCAAUAGUACUAAAUACAGUCCUAGGUUAACCCAAUAGUACUGAAAACAGUCCUAGGUCAACCAAAUAGUACUGAAUACAGUUCUAGGUUAACCCAAUAGUACUGAAUACAAUCCUAGGUAAACCCAAUAGUACUGAAUACAGUCCUAGGUUAACCCAAUAGUACUGAAUACAGUCCUAGGUCAACCAAAUAGAACUGAAUACAGUCCUAGGUGAACCCAGUGUUAGUAGAACUGAAUGCAUGCAAUCUAACAGUACUCAAUAGAGUCCAAUGGCACUGAAUACAUUUCUAGGUUAAUCCAAUAGUACUGAAAACAGUCCAAUAGUACUGAAUACUGUCCAGAGGCACUAAAUACACUCUUAGGUUAACUCUGUUAAAAUAGCAACGAAUACUGGCCUAAGUUAACCUCGUGUUAAUAUUAUGUAUACUGUCAUAGAUUGACCGAUGUGUACUAUCGUAGAUUUACCGAUUUAUACUGUCAUAGAUUGACCGAUUUAUACUGCCCUAGAUUGACCGUGUGUAAUAAGAGCUGCAUACAGUCCUAGGUUAAUCAUGUUGUCUGUUUCCUUUUGCUGAAUAUGCAUUUAGUAUUAAGUGUUGUUUAAUUGUAAAAGUAAGAUUUUUCUUGUGGCUAUCUCAGUGACUAGUCUUGUUUAAGAGCAUGUGUGCAAAUCUGAUACUUAAGUAUUUACAAUCAUAAUCCGUCAGUUGUGUGUGAUCAAAAAUGUGUGUGUGUGUGAUAAACUGUUUACUUUUUUCUGAGUGUUAGAUUUUAGUGUAGCUACAUAAAACAUGCACAUUUGAGUCGCGUUCUGAGAAAACUGGGCUUAAUGCAUGUGCGUAAAUUGUAAUCCAAGAUUAGCCUGUGCAGUCCGCAAAGGCUAAUCAGGGACAACACUUUCAGCUUUUAUGAUAUUUUUCAUUUAAAGGAAGUAUCUUCUACACGAAAAUCCAGUUAAGGCAGAAAGUGUUGUCCCUGAUUAGCCUGUGCGGACUGCACAGGCUAAUCUGGGACAACACUUUACGCACAAGCAUUAUGCCCAGUUUUCUCAGAACGCGACUCAUUUGUUUUCUUUAAAAAAAUGUUUACUAGCCAUUUAUUUUAUUCUAUUCCAUAUAAUAGUGUUAUUCUAUUCCAUACAAUAGUGUUCACUGCUUAAAUUGUUGAUCGAUGAUUAUAGACAAAGAAAAUGGUUUGAAAUCUGAUAUUUAUGCUCAACUAAUUAUAUAUCAUUUUCUAUGAGUAUAAAUAGAAAACUAUUAUUACAGAUAGAUUUUACAUACCAUCGGUCAAAUCUCAAUUUAUGAUCUGAACUUCUACUGACAGGUAUAGUUGUAGUGUUAGGUACAUUACCACUGGCAUAUCUUGUAAAGUCUAUGCAGUCAUUAAAGGAAACCAAUUAUUUGCUAAAUGCGUGUUAGUGCAUAAUCUCAUUUCAACUUAAAUAUUGAGGGUUAUAAGACUGAUAUCAAUUGGAAAGACUUAUUCAAAGUGACAGACACAAGUAAAUUAUUCGAAGGUACAUGUACAUUUCUACAAAAAUAUUUUUUCAUUGAUCUUUUAACUUAUGACUUUUUGUGUUUCUAUAAAUUUAACUUUUUUCCCCAGAAUGGAAUGAUUUUCUAAUAACUAAUAAAGGUAUCAGUGUUGCUUACAGAAACAAGGUCCAAGGUGAAAGGUCACAAUACAAGGUCAAAAGUCAGAUUUAGAAAAUCAGUCCCGAACAAUUUGUCUGUUGUUUAGCUUUGUUAAGCAUUGAGAGAUUUUCAAAUAACUUUGGAAAGGAAUCAGCAUGGUGAAACCGCUUGUCACACAUGAGAAUCAGGUUGUAUGUUCUGAGUCAAGGUCACAAUAAAAGAUCAAAGGUCAGAUUUAAGAAUCCAUUAUCAACACUUUGUCUAGAGGAAAAAUUUGUUCAGCAUUGAUGGGUUUUGGUAUAACUUGAAAUAAAUUAAUAAAGUAUGAUAUGUCAGAUUAGUAUUACACUCAACAACCAGAUCAUCAGGUCCAAUGCCAAGGUCACAAUUCAGAAUCCAAUGCCAAAUUAAAGAAGCAACCCCAGGAAAAUACAUCAAGGGAAACUUUGAAACUUACCUGAGGUAAAAAAGAAAUGUUAUUAAGAAAUUCUAUUAAGUGUUUGCUCAUCCUUUGACUACUGACAUUUUCACACCAGGGGCCCAACUUAUUUGAUUUUGUUCUUACACUAUGUACAUUGACCACUCAGAACACUCAAUUUUCCGAAAUAUAUUUCUUUGCAUUUAUUUAUUUCAUAUGUCUUUUCGAGUAACAUGAUCAUUUAAUGAAUGUGUCUAACAUUUUAUAUGUCUUUUUGUAUAACAUUUACAUUUGUAUCAACACGAUCGGUACUUUAAAACGCCACUGUGUAGAUCCUCUGUCUUUUUUUGAUAAACAACGAUAAAACUGUA